AUGGAUAAUUCGAACCAAACGCCCCCUUAUGUACGUGUGGUUAAAGCUAGUGCUGGCAUGAAUCCUGAGCUCUCAUGUACCGAUGCCAGUGGUAAAGCAGCAGGGUUUGGCCUACUGAAAGAUGGGUGCAUGUUUGGAACAUCAACUGGUCUCUCACGAAUGCUUCUCUGCUCUCCAACAUGCCCUGUUCUUGAGGGUUUUGGCAAGAAGCUAUCAUUUGAAAUAGCUGUUGGGUUAAUGGCCGUGUUUGGGUGGAAAAGUAAAUACAUUGUGUGCAAUAAUCUUGAGAUGGAGCCUCAAAUUUGUCUUGGUGCCAAUGCAAAGUAUCCAGUCAUAUCAGUUUGCUUUGGUAUUUGGGUGAAUGCUGUCUCUGCUUCCACGGUAAUCCUUGUUGUAAAUGCAAUCAUGAACUCGGAGUCUCUCAGCAGCACGAAACAAAAAAUCAUGGUGGAAAAACUCCUUCAGAGAUUUCAGUAAUGCCAAGUAAGUCGGUCCACUGCAAAUUAUUUCCCUCUCAGCUCCUCGCAUAAUUCCUCUGAGAGUUCCAUGGCGUUGUAUCGCUGGUGUCCUUAUGGCUUUUGAGUUUGUAUAGGCUGGUUUGGUCUCCUUGGUAUCGCAUCCUUGAUAUUUCUGGCAAUAGUGCAUUUGCUGUUGAUCAAGGUAAUUUUCUCCAUUCUUAACAUUUUUUUUUUCUUUUUUACCAUUUAUGGAUUGGUCAUUAGGCUGCAUUUGGUUGUCUAGUUUCUAAACAAAACUGGUGCGGAAAUUCUCAUUUUAAAACCAUACGGAAGGGGGUCUAUUAGUGUGGUAAGUUUCAGCCCAAGCUGAUUUGUUCAUGGGUGGCAUAACCUAUCCAAAUUGUUGGGUUUGCAGAUACCAUCCUGUCUUCACGUGGCUCAAGACGAUGGCUGUCAAAGUUGAACUCUUCAACUGACCAUUAAGUGGAGAUUUUAUUAAUUUUUAAGUCUCGUUUUAAUGGCUUUGUUCUAAAAAUUUUUCGUGUAAAUAAUAUUUU